GGGAGAAGUUGGUGAUAAUGUGGGUGGUGGUGUUGGUAACGCUAAUGUUUGGUGGUGUAAACGGAGAGCUAGUGACUGUCGGAGGAAACGCAGGAUGGAAUCAAGGCAUCAACUACACGUAUUGGGUCUCUCAACAAACCUUUUACAUUGGAGAAUGGCUAUUAUUCAGGUUUGACAAGAACUAUUUUGAUGUACUAGAGGUGAACCAAACAAGUUAUGAGCAUUGUAAUUCUGAGAAUUUUAUUGCAAAUAUAACCAAAGGUGGUAGAGAUGUUUUCCAGCUCACAGAGGCUAGACCAUAUUAUUUCAUUACCAGCAAAGGGUAUUGUUGGGGUGGCAUGAAACUCGCAAUCGACGUCAAGAACUUGCCUCCUCCUCCUGCUCCUCCUCCUCAAGAAAACUACGCGGUUGGUCAAUCCAUGUAUGCAGGAAGCAUGAAUGUCAUGCCUGUUUUGGUUUUAGCAAUUUCAGUGUUUGUUAUUUUGUUUGGUUAAAUUGAAAUUGUAACUUAGUCAUCAAUUAGUUUGCGUUAGAUGAUCACUCUAUAAACGUUUCAAAAUGAUCAUUGUUGAUUCAUAUGAUCCUUGGUUAAGCUGAUAAUUGAAAGUCUGCUAAUUAUAUAUAUAUGGGACUUUUUGCUAGAUCAUUUGGAUAAGG